CUUGAUAAGCUUCUCUGUGAGCUCGCGGACGUUCUUUUGCGAUCGCGAAAUGUGAUUCAGUCAAUGCGAAGCAUCCCGCAGAGCAACUUCUUUGCAGUUUUUGAGCAUUCUAAGCAUUUAUUCUUAAUUAUUUUCCCCAGAAAUGAUCAAAUUUGUCGGUUUUGGAAUAAAAUUUUCCAUCCUCUCUGUGCUAAUCCUCACAACGUCAAUCUCUGGUCAGCAAAAGUGCCCAGAUGUCCUUCCAAUGGAGGAUUUUGACAUCGAUCAGUUCCUGGGAACUUGGUAUGUGAUCCAGAAGACCAAAACAGAGUCCAGGUGCAUUCAGCAUCAGAUAACACCGCUUGAGAAUGAGCGAGAAUACAGAAUUUCUCAAGUUUCUCCGCAUCACAUCCUGGACAAGUUUCCGCUUAAGCAUGAGCACACCUAUGCGGGCUUCCUGGUCACAGACGCAACUUCCCCGGCACGGAUGAAGGUUCGCUAUGCUCUCAGCUUCGGCGAGGAAGCCUACAUUGUCGUCACAACGGACUAUGAGACCUACGCGGGGAUAAUUGAGUGUGCUGGUGCCGCCAAAACAGCCACAAUCCUCUCACGGACGCAGAAUCUCUCAGAAUUCCAAAUUGAUGAGAUUCGUGCAAAAUUGGAGGCUUUUGGCAUCAAAAUCAACGAUCUCAGCACAAUUAGCCACAACAAUUGCCCCAGGGAUGGCGUCAGGGGGCUUAAUAUUAAAAUUGGACAUGAUCUUCUGUCUCCGGACAGGAUAAGUAAAGCUGCAACAGGGAUGGUGCGAGAUCUGGGCCAGGCGAUUGAGGGAGCUUUUCAAAAUGGGGCUAAUUUCCUUAACGGCCUUUUCGGAGGAAAUAAGAAGAAUUGAAGAAACUGGACAGGAUAAGGAAUAGAAGAGCAUUACUGAGGCGCUAAUUAAUCCUUCGA